CCCCCAAUGCAAUGAGCCAGCAAGGACUGCUCCCAAAUCCGCCGCGAACGGGACUGCUCGGCCCGGGGCCAGAUUCGACCACAGCGUCGCCCGCACACCAGAGUCAUAUCAGCUCGCCCGCUCUCCACAGUCUCCAGAGCAGCCCUGGGGGCAGCGGCGGGCUGCUCGGUACUCUGCCUUCCCCUUUGCUGCUCGGAUCGCGACCGGGACUGCUCCAGCCAGGCCAGCCGGCGUCGCUCAUGGGAGCCGCUCCUCCGAUGCAGAUGCCAAUGCCAGUGCCAGUGCAGGCCACCGGGUCUGCGUAUGGAUCCAGCGGCAGCUUGGCCGAGCAGUUCAAUCUGCCGGCGCCCGGAUCGCUCGCGUCGCAAGUCCGCCUGCCAACAUGGCACGAAUACUCUGGGCUCUCACCAGCGCCGCCAGGCCAGAGCCACCAUCACGGCAACCGUGGUGGUUCAUCGCAGGGGGCGAGGACGGGAUCUGGGCUCAACCGACCGCCGCAUCGCUCCAGUCCCUCUGGCGACAAGGCCAACGCUCGCGUAGCUCCAUACAAAACCCCAACCGGCAAUACACCCGCUCCAAAGGCUCCCGCAAAAUCCUCGGACAAUGGUGCUCCGCAGCAGCCUGCGUAUGAGACAGACGCCCACAAACUCGAGCAGCGACAACGGCAGAUAAAUCUCGGCAAGCAAAAGCCAGAGUACGCCCGAUAUAUCGAAGCAGUGCCAAAGGAUCAACGGAUACGAGGUGUACACCCAACCACGCCAGACAAGUUUAUGACGGCAAGCAAGCGACAAUUUGACGGGCUCAUCAAGGUCUGGCGAAGACAGCUCCAUCGCUGGGAUGAGCCUGCCAGCGCCACCGGAGCCAGCCAGCCAGCCGAGGAUGGAGCAGACUCUGCCGAAGACAACCAAAAUGGCAACGAGCUGGAAGAGCUUGAUGAGUAUGAAGCAAUCGCAGCCAUGGACGACGACAUCUCUACCUACUUUGAGGACAUGUAGAAUCAAUCGGCUUUCCUGACUGAAAUAUUAGCAGAACCAAAAAAAAAAAAAUCGAUUCGAUUGUUGAUAAUGUAGAAUAUAGUCAGAUCCGCAACGAC